AUGUCAAAGCUCACCAAGAUCAACCAUGCCGCAGGCAUCUUCGCCGAUAUGUCUGUUGAUGGCCCCCCCAUUGGCACCCUGGUCGCCAUCAUUGAUCGUGCCAAAAACCUGCCCAAUCGCAAAACCAUGGGCAAGCAAAACCCAUAUUGUGCCGCACGACUAGGCAAAGAAGCAAAGAAGACCCCUACCGACCUGCGUGGUGGACAAACUCCCAGAUGGGAUCACGAGCUCCGCUUCACAGUACAUGAGUCACCAGAUUACUUCAAACUAAAGGUGUCCAUAUUCAACGACGAUAAAAAGACAGACUUGAUUGGAGAGACCUGGAUUGACCUGCAGAACUUGAUCAUCCCCGGAGGAAGCCAGAACGACCACUGGCAUCCACUCCAGUGCCGAGGCAAAUAUGCUGGUGAUGUUCGGAUCGAGAUGACCUACUACGAUACCCGCCAACAAGACGAGGCGGUCAUUGUGAAGCGGAAAGAAGCGGCGGAGAGGGUUCAAGGCAAGGCUGCUGCUGUCACUGGCCCAUCAAGCUCGGGACUGUCUGGCCCACGGUCUUUGGAGAAAGUCAAGAGACGGCCUCUACCUACCGAUCCAUCUGGAGCUGCGCCUCCCCCUCCGAGGCCCUCUAUCCUAGAGCAGACUCAAUCGGCUCCUCCACCGCCGCUGCAACACCCCCAGCCGUCACGACCGGCCAUGCGUGAUCAUGCUCACACCAUGCCCGCACCCACCCCGGUCACGAAUCCUGAUGCCCUCCCAUACCCUUCAAAUCAACCCGAACCUUCCUAUGACAAUCCAUCUUACAACCAAUCUUACAAUGCACGCGCCCCGAGUAUGAAGACUCGAGGGACAUAUGAUGCCCAUGAUGCAUACCACAGCGAGUGGGACAAUCCAGCUCCCGCUCCCCUUCCACCCGCUGGCACGAUGAGACGAAAUGUCCACGAAUCGAAAUAUCCUAACGAAAUUUCUCAACCUCAAUAUGAAAUUCGCCCUGUUCCUACGAUGCGCAGCCACGUAGACUAUGAUCAGCCUCGGGACUAUCGUUCAACAUCAGAGCCGCCGUUCGAGUCCGAUCCACAUGGGAGUCCACUGUACGACCGGGCUCCCCAGCCACAAGAUGCGUACAGCUCGGUGGUCUCUCCUCAAUACAGUGCAAACCCCAUGACAUUUGGUCAUGUUUCCACAUUCACACCACGAGCACCUGGUCAUGGCGAUGAACCCGCCCCCCUGCAGUAUUCACGUCCAAGUUCCUCCUCCGGGCCAGGGGAUGAUCUCCGAUAUCAACCACGCACCAUGAAAGCCCUGCCGGCUCCUCGAAGUGAUCCUUAUCAUCCAGAAUACGCCAUGAUGCAGCCGCGUGUGGAGGAUGAGAAUGAGGAUGGUCCCCCUCCUCCACCGCCCGUUCAUAGGUCUCGCAUGGCCCAGCCACCAUCACCCGUGAAAAUGCCCAGUCAACCACCCUCGCCUUACACACCAUACAGCCCUGGGUAUGUGAGCCCUGGGUACGCGAGGGAUCCCUCUCCGUCCGUGCCAGCGAGUUUGGUGGCUGGUUACGAAAGUGAAGAACAAGAUCGGGUGUUUGAGGGACGAACUAGCCGCAAGGGCAGUACCAGUCACAUGGAGGAUGAGAUGAUGAUUCCUCAACCAUUGUCAGCAUCUCUCAGCUCGGCCAUGGUCCCGGUAUCUAAGCCUUCGCAAGCCCCCGUGCCAAUCCCUAUGCCAUAUGAGGCCCCUAUCUAUCCGCUCCGAACGUCUCCGCAGCCUAUGGAUGAUCGAAGCUCUAUCAGGAGUAGAGGUGGUUCUGUGAGCCCGGAUACACGCAUGGUCACUCGCAAGUCCGUCAGCCCACGUCCCUCGACUUCUCGAGGCUCCUCCGUUCCAUUCUCCCCCGACUCCUACGAUUCGUACAACCCACGGUCGUCUCGGUCGGUGACGAGUAGGGAACCAUCGCCGGCAUACGAUUCUCUCUCUCAAGCGCGAGAUGCAGCGGUGCGCUCGGAGGUCGAGCCUAUCCGUGACCCCGAUCAGCCCAUCAUCGGUGAUGAUGGCCGUGAGAUUGAUCCGUCUGAUCACCUACCUACAGACACUUGGGCACCUGAGCCAGAGAGGAAGACUCCUCGCAAGCCUGAGGUGAUUAUCCGGUUCAAACACUCCCCACGACCUACCUCUCGUGGCAACGACUCCUCUCGCCCCGCCGGCCCACCUCGAGUGGGAUUUCGCACUGAGACUGAUCGCCCGAGCAAGAAGUACACGCCGACCCACGUUCACACUCGUGAGCCUGUGGAGCGAACUCCGCCUCGCGCGGACCGGGGCCACGAUAGCUACGGCAGCUACUCUCAUAGUCGGGGCUACAGCACCCCAACCUCAGUAGACCGCCCACGCUCCUCGCGGGGCUCUGUGUCUCCUUCUCCUGGCUCUCGUUCGCCGCUGUACGAUUAUAACACUGGUCCUCCCAUCCCAUCGAAGGUGCCAAUUUCCCACGGGUCUCCAGGAUACCCCGUUGCCGCUAGUCAUGUGAGCACUGGCAACCCAGGCAUGGACGCCCUGAGCCGGGAGCUCAAGACCAUCGACAUAGGCUCUGUGGCAUGCAGCCCAAGCCGAGCUGUGCGCAAAUAUGCGCCUCCUCGGCCAUCGGCUACCAUGGGCUAUGCCAGCUGA